AUGCAUGAUGAUGAAACGGUUCAAAAAGAGCCAAAGAUUGCACCAACCCCACCAAGUGUUGGAACUGAGUGUAAUGAUGAAGAAAAUAAAAAUAAGAAAAGAAAGAUUAGCCGACAAAGAUCUGAGGUAUGGGAUCAUUUUACUAAAAUUAGUAAUGACAAGUGUGAGCGAAAAGCUAAAUGCAAUUAUUGUAAGAAAGAAUUGUUUGUUGAUACUAAAAUGAAUGGCACUAGUUCACUAAAAGCUCAUGUUAGAAUCUGUCCAAAAAUGCCCCGUUCUAGUAGUGACCCUAGCCAAACUGAAUUACUUGUCCCAUCAAGUGAAGGGGAAGGAUCACUAGGUUGUGCAAAGUAUAAUGCCGAGGCACUUAGGAAUAGCAUUGCUGAAAUGAUUAUAAAUCAUGAAAUACCCUUCAAGUUUGUUGAGUUUAAGGGAUUUAGAAAAUGCUUGCCUAUUGCUUGUCCUAGGUUUAAGGUUCCAUCACGAUGGACUAUUGCUAGGGAUUGUUAUGCUAUGUAUUUGGAGGAGAAACAAAAUCAUAAAGCUGAAGAUAUUGGCAAGAUGAUUGAAAAAUGCUUGCGUGAUUGGGCAAUAGACAAGGUUUUCACAAUUACCGUGGAUAAUGCUAGUUCAAAUGAUGUGGCUACUACAUGCUUGAGAAAGAAGUUGAAUAAUGUGAAUGGAACUAUUUUAGAGGGAAAAUUCAUUCAUAUGAGAUGUGUUGCACACAUAAUUAAUUUGGUUGUCACGGAAGGGUUGAAGGAAGUGAAUGAAUCAAUUGCUCGUGUUAGAUCCGCGGUGAGGUGGAAUUCUACAUACUUGAUGUUAGACGCCGCUCAAAAAUUUGAAAGAGCAUUUGAGAGGUUUGAAGAGAUUGACCACAAUUAUAGGCAUGAACUUGUGUUGAAUGAUGGCACACCCGAUCAGGAUGAUUGGGAAAAUAUUAGGAAGAUGAGUAAGUUUUUGCAACGGUUCUAUGACUUCACAUUGAAAAUUUCUAGUACUACAUAUGUGACUUGUAAUGCAUACUUUCCUAAAAUUUGUGAAUUGUAUUGUACUUUGCGUGAUUGGAUAAGGAGUUCUGACCCUCAAUUCAGUGCUAUGGUAAAGAGAAUGAAGGAGAAAUUUGACAAAUAUUGGGGGAAUGUUGAGAAAAUGAAUACGCUACUUUAUGUUGCAACUGUUCUUGACCCUAGAAAGAAAUAUAUCUUUGCUGAUUUUUGUUUUAAGAAAAUGUAUUCAGUUGAUCAAGCUUCGGUGUUGUGUUCUAAACUUAAGGAAGUGACCAGUGAGGGUAACAAUUUCUCUCAAUCAUUGAGUGUCAUUAAUGAGGAUUGUGAAGAUGAACCGCAUAAUGUUCUAAACAUUGAAACUGAUUUUCAAAAGUAUUUGGUUGAGAUUGGACGUGGGGAGCAGAAAUCUGAAUUGGACAAAUACAUCAAUGAAGAGCUUGAUACUCAGAUUGGUGGUGGUGAAUUUGAUAUUCUCCGAUGGUGGAAAGAAAAUGCUCAUAGGUUUCCCAUUCUCUCAUGCAUGGCUCGUGAUAUAUUGGCAGUUCCUGUAUCCACCGUAGCAUCUGAAUCUACAUUUAACAUAGGUGGACGUGUGCUUGAUACUUAUAGGAGUUCAUUAACUCCUAAAAUUGUACAAGCUCUUGUGUGCACUCAAGAUUGGUUACGAGAAGAAAAUCUCAUUUCAAUGAAUGAUUUAGUUGAGCAUGAUGUUGGAGAGAUGUAUAAACUUGACAUCGAUAUGUCAAAGAUGAGUUUGGAUCUUGUGAUUGAUUAG